CUAGGCAUGCAGACUGCUUCUACAAACAUUUGUGAACAAAUGGGUUGCUCUCAGCAGCUCAGUGAAUUCAAACGUGGUACCAUGAUAGGUUGCCACCUGUGCAAUAAGUUCAUUCAUGAAAUUUCCUUGAUACUAAAUAUUCAACUGUCAACAGUUAGUGGUAUUAUAACAAAGUAGAAGCAAAUGGGAACAGCAGCAACUUAGCCACGUAGUGAUUAGCACAAUAACAGUGUAUAGAGAGGGUUUUCAUGGCCCAGCAGCUGAGUCCAAGCCUGACAUCACCAAGUGUAAUGCAAUCCGAUAGACCUGUCUGGGUUUGGCAGUUGCAAGGAGAACUGUACUUGCCUGAUUGCAUUGUGCUAAGUGUAA